AUGCUGGGAUCAAAGCAGGGCAUGCGAGACAACCGGGAGGGUCCUCCGGGUCCAGUCCAUCUCCGGCCUCAUCGCCCCCCCCACCCCCGCACUGCAACCUUCCUGUCCGAUCGGCGGGUCAUCAACGUUCUCCCCCGUCCAUCAUUUCAUUCGAGCGCUAGGAUCGACGGUCUGAGCUCGAGGAGCUCCGCGCGAGCCAUGGGCGUUUCCCAUGACCUUUGCACGGUGCAAGCCCUCUCCAAUGUCUUGACCGGUUCCCGUGAACUGGCGGAAGAAACCAACAUGAAGCGACGCUCGGAGCUUCCCAUACCUACAUGCCCAACGGCGAUGAUGUCUGGAGGCACUGCCACAGCUGGCCUUGGCCUAGAUAUGCUCGCCUUUUGGGCGGGCAAGAGAACGUCGAAAGAAGUAACAUCGACUUCAAGACAGUAAGCAGCACGCGUUACAGCAUCAUUUGAUGGGAGCCGCUCCGCUUGCAAUGGACAGCAUCACUGCAUAAGAGGCACGGUGACAUUUCAUGGGUAAGAGAUCAAUUGCAUGCAUAGGAUCGCUACAACAAGCUGCGUGGUAUAGACGGGACGAUAGAAAAUCAACAGCAACGAGUAAAACAGAAUGCUGGGUAAUAGC